AAGUUAAAGAUAGAGAGAGAGACAGAGAGAGAGAGAGAGAGAGAGAGAGGAUUUAAGUAUCCUAGGCCAUCCCUCCACCUCUUUCAAGUUUUCAGUUACUUUAUUUCAAUCAAAAUUAUCUACUCCUAUAAAUUAUAAGCCACCUCUCUGUUUUUCCAAUAUAUAUAUAUAUAUGCUCCACACCCCCACCACCACCACCUUUCCUUUCUAUAUGUUCCUCAAACCCCAAGCAUUCAAAGAAGAAAGAACCUCCACAGAGGGGAAAAAAAAAUGAAGCCCUUUUGAUCCUUUUGAUUCAAGAACAAGUCAAGCACUAAGGUUGAAGCAAACCCCAGUUGGUUGUUUGUUUGUUAGAGAGAAGGGUUUUCUUUUGGUUUGGUAAUUGGUGCCUUGUGUUCUGGUUUUGGGAGUUGUUGUGGUGUUUUUUUUGGGAGGUUUUGUUAUGGCGAUUCAAGCGCAGUUGUAUUCGGAGAAUCUUGGGUUUCCGUCGUGCGGCUCACAGGAUUGGAUCAUGGAGAAUGGUUGUGGUGGGUUCAAUGGCUUCUCUCUCAAUCUCCAACAGAAACAACAAUUGCAACAACAGCAGCAACAUGUGCAGCAGCUACAAUCUCAACAGCAGAGGAAUCAGAAUCUGUUUUUCGACAACAGUUUUCUUUCUUCUACUUUGAAAAACGACACCAACGCCACCGACAAUAACAAUAACCACAGUCACGAUCUACCAAUGCUGUACUCUCAAGGCAUAGCUUCUCAGUUUGAGAAACAGAGGCAAGAGAUUGACCAAUACAUCAGAUUACAGCAGAACGAGAGAUUGAGAUUAGUAUUGCAAGAGCAGAGAAAGCAACAACUUGCACAGCUACUGAAGAAAAUCGAAUCAAAAACAUUGCUUUUCCUAAGACAGAAGGAUGAGGAAAUUGCACAAGCAGCUAAGAGAACAAUGGAGCUUGAAGAUUUUUUGGGAAGAUUGGAGGCAGAAAAUCGAGCGUGGCAGAGAGUGGCUCAAGAAAAUGAAGCCAUGGUUGUUUCCCUGAAUAACACUUUAGAACAGGUUAAAGAAACGGCCCCUUGUGGCUUCAACAACGGAGCAGACGACGCAGAGUCUUGCUGUGAUAACGGUGGAGGGCAGGAAGAAGCAGAGGAAAACAGAGGAGGAUUGUGUGAGGUUGAGCAGAGAAAUAUGAUGACGGUGUGCAAAGGCUGUUAUUGUCGGAGUUCGUGCAUGCUGUUCCUUCCUUGCAGGCACCUUUGUUCAUGCAAAUCUUGUGAGGCUCUUCUCGAUUCCUGCCCCGUCUGUACAACAGCAAAGAAGGCCAGCAUAGAGGCUUUGAUUUUCUAGGCAAGUUUUCCGGGAAAAGUUAAGAAAAAAAAAAAAAAAAACUUAGAAAUAUGCUUGGAUUUGAUCAGAGCACGAUGAAUGAACAGAGCCCAUUUAGACGCAUGCACUGUUUUUUAGUUUUUAACUUGUAGGGUCUCUGUUUUUAAUUUUAUUUGUACCUUAAAACAACCAAAAAUCAAUUGAACAGAAUUACAGGACAGAGCAUCUUUUCCUUUCCUGGAUUAUUGAGA